AACGCCGGACACUAAAUUUGCUGGAUUUUGAAAGGCUUAUAUAUGAGCUUAUUGUUGUUUGGCAGGUGACAUUUGCGAUGUGACCUGUGUGUUGAUGCCCGUGUGUGUAUUGUUGGUGGUGUCAGGGCACAGACACUGGAUGACUGCGCGAAAGUGCCACAUUCCUUUGCCACAACGGCUGCAGGACUAAAACACGCAGCAUUCCUUGCUGAAGGUGCUCUUUCAACUCUGCGUGAUCAAGUUUGUUUUUGACGGCGUUGAUCGCGGUGCAGCGCGGCGGGUGGAUCGACUGCGACUGACUCCGGGUUCACUAGCUUCUCAGUGUUCGACGGAGUAAGCCGAAGCAAGAAUGGUGAUGUCGGGCCGCGCGGCCGCGGCCCUCGAGCCCCAAGAUCGGGUCAGCGCCGCUGAUCAACACCAGCUGAUGCAGACGUUGCCCAUACACAAGCCACCCCCUAGCCCUCGCACCCUCCAUAGACACAACUCGGAAGCGUCCACCUUAAACGCCGCUGCAGGCCUGGCGCGCAGCUUCCGGUUCGCGUCUCUGACCUCAUUAACACGUCGGAAGAUGUCUCCCGGACCGGUGGUGGCUCCUCGGCCGCCGCACCUUGACGUGCAGCAGUGGCUAGGGGUGCUCGACGUUGCCGAGUACGCGCCCCAGUUCUCCUCGUUCUCCGGCGUCGAGGAGCUACUGUGGUUUUCGGAGGCAGACAUCAAGGAGCUGGGUGUUCGGAACUCGGCACACAGAGCUCGUAUCAUGUCCAGUUUGGUCGCCUUGCGGGCCAAGUACGAAAGAGGAAACAGACGUAGGGGCGGAGACAAGCUGCAGAGGCACAGCGUCGCUGUGGACAGCGGACGCCUCGUGGACAGGACCAUCACAAUCAACUCCGAGUUGUGCGUGAAUGAGCCACCCCAGAGCAAGAGCUUAGACAAUCUAACCAUGGAGGAGAGCGACCCAAACGCUGGGACGAUCGCUCUCCGCAAGGCCCUCGAGUGGGAACUAAGCUUGGAUAGCCGGGAUCUACGGUCCCAUGCGUGGUACCAUGGUGCCAUCCCACGCCAAAGGGCUGAGGACAUCACGAGUCUGGAUGGACACUUCUUGGUUAGAGACUGCAUGUCACAGCCUGGUGACUACGUCCUCAGCUGUAAAUACAGAAAUCAGCCACUUCACUUUGUCAUCAACAAGGUGGUGCUGCAGCCCGAUACGGUAUACGAGCGGGUGCAGUUCCAGUUCGAGGACGAGGCGUUUGACACGGUUCCCGACCUGAUCACCUUCUACGUGGGCAGCGGCAAGAGCAUCUCGCAAAUGUCCGGCGCCAAGAUCCACACACCACGCAACCGACUGUACCCGCUGUCGUUCUACGCGUCCAAGUUCCCCAUGCAGAUGCCGCCGUCGGGGCUGACGUCGCCGUGCUCCCCGGCCGGCUCGCUGGUCACCUCGCCGUGCGCCAACUCUCCCGCCUCAAGACUGAACAUGUACAGCAACAACAUGGUGAUGGCACAGCCCCAGCAGCCCCCUGCAGGCCUCACCUCGCCCCCUGGCACCCUCGGCCGAAGCAACUCGCGCCCUGGCACGCCGCCCAAACUGCCCACCAAGCACAGGAGCCACUCACUCACUGCCAACGCGGUCCUUGCUGAAGCUGGGAUGCGGAGCAUGUCAAUCGACGAGCGUUCAAGCGACAAAUUCGCCUCCCUACCGCGCAACAACACCCCCAAGGGCCCCCCGGUGUGCACUUCGACGAUGCCGAGGCAGAAUAAGUCACCGAUGGCGCGCGGCAUGAGCGACCCCACCCUCAGCCCUUGCAUGGAGCGGCGCCACAUACUGGACCUGGACCCGCAAGGCAGCCCGCCACCCAAACCAAGCCGCCCGCCCUGCCUGACAAGCGACCUGAAGGGCGCCGCCCAGGGGGUGUACCACGCAUCCGGUAGCGACUCGGGCAACGGCUCGGGCGACUCUGUGCAGAGCUCGGCCGACAACGUCGACUCGACAUCCGCAAUGACCAUCUCACUGAAGCCAUGCUCGGUGGGUGUGGUCAUAAAGAACCCUUCGCGCAGCUACACGCCACCGGACGCGGUGGAGCCGGUGCUGGAACCCCACUCCGCCUUCGACCUGGACUCGUUCGCCACUCUGCUGCUGCCCAUGAAGGAGAAUAAGCCGCUGGACGCAAUGGCCAUGCAGGGCGUGCGCUUGCUGCUGGUCGAGAACGGCUCCAGGGUGAUCGCCAACCACCUGACCAAGGUGGACCUCGAGUUGGCGCACGCCGCCGGACGCUUCUGUCCCAAGGGCGAGCAGCUUGAUCUCGGCCUCGGCGUGCAUUCAGGGAUUGAAUUGUGUUCCUUGCCGCACGGCCACCAACUCAGACUGGAUCUCAUUGAAAGGACGCGCUGCAUGCAACUUUUCGUGGCAGUCACAGUGCUCAGCGGUGCGACUGAUGUUGAGCGAGCUGACACUCUCCACAGGUGGAUACAAGUUGCAGUUGACACGAAAACUGCCUUAGGCAACCUGUAUGGCUUCUGUGCGAUCAUGAUGGGACUGAGCAUGCCGCAGGUGCAGCGGCUCUCUUCAACGUGGCACGUUCUCCGCCAGAGAUACACGGACAGCGCCUUCAACUUUGAGGCGAAACUGCGUCCGGUCUUGAAAAGUAUGAACGAAUGCACGAAUCCUCAUGCGCCCAACACCACCAUUCCACACCUGUUACCCUUCGUGCUGCUGCACGAACGCGAGUGCGCCUUGGACAUAGAAGACCAGCUGCAUCCGUCGCCCUUGUGCUGGGAGAACAGCAAUGACCAGGGCAUCCAGACGCUGUUCGACCACCUGUUGGUGGCCAGGAAGUUCUCAGACAACGAGGCCAACUACCGGCGCAACGCGGAGAUCGUGCUGACCGACGCCAAGACCGACGACCUGCUGAUGGACGCGUUCCGCACAGAGUUCCACCUCAAAUUCCUGUGGGGCAGCAGGGGCGCCGGAGUGGCCGCGGCCCACAGGCACGCCAAGUUUCUGCAGGUCGUCACGGCCAUGUCGGAAAAGUGCGAGCCCAGCGGCCUGCAGUCGCCGUGCACGCCAACCAUGCCCAACAGCCCCUCCAUCACAUUGUUUGGACCAACUCACACUGCAGUCUAGACCAAAAGAAGGUCACGGGACGCGGCAAAUUGAACUGAUUUUGUCACAUUGAUUUUAAGCCUGAGAGCGCUCGACAGGAUGCAAAACUUUUCAGUCCAAUUCCAAAAUCAAAACCAUUUUGACGGUUAAAAUAUAAUUUACUCAAACAUGAAGCAAAGCCAACCAUUUAAAAAUUAAUUUUGAAUAAUUAAGAAAAAAUAUUUUCUUGUAGGAGACGUUUUAAUAAUUCCUUUAUGAGCUGUAGUCAGAAAAGUGACAUAUUUUUACUUUCUUUCAUUUCAAAUUUUCCUUAUUUAGUAAUUUACAGAAGCUUAUUAGAAGAAACGUCAGCUGGAUUAAUUAUUUCUUUAAGAGUUACGAUCCUUUAGAAAACGCUCUUAGGCGUCGAUGGGACUUUUACAACCAGGCAGACCCUUGCUCUCUGGGUGUCUAUAUAGGACCUUCAAAGAAACUUCAUCUGACGUAAAAUGGUACUACAUAGAAAUUAACACGACUGGCGCUACUACCAUUAUACAAAGUACUAAAUAUACGAGCAGGUUAGGGUUAUGAUUAAAUAAAAUGGGCUGCGGAGACACCUCAAACUGAUAUUAUAAUAUGCCCUUUUUACGGCAAUCGGAGGAGAAGCAUUCUCAACAUUUUAGGAAAAUUACUGUGCACUCAAUCAAUUUGAUUCAGUCAUUUUGCUCACGUCAAAAAUCAAGGGUUAAACUUUCGUUGUACAUUUGAGGUGCCUCAUGUUUAUAAACGUUAGCAGAACAAUAACUACGACAACACCUCCUCUUCUCUACAUACUAUACUGUAAGUAAUUUUGUACUGAUUGUGUUUUAAAAAUCGUAGCCAGGUCGUUUUGCAGAUUUUUCACAUUUUAUAUUGGUACAUUUGUACGCGCAGGCAGACUUACACACACACAAUAGAUGAGUUAGCUCUCAAACAAAGUACUCAAAAGUACAGUCACACGCAUUUUCAGUGUCCAGAAACGAGCUGCUGUCUUUUCGUUCCAUAGAAAAUGGUGCUAAAGUACUCAUUUAAAAUGACACGGUCGGUACUCAAAAGAUUUCCUGUUCCAUCUUUCACACAACAUAAUUAUAUCUAACGUAAAUGUGGCAUAUUGGAAUAAUUAAUGGAUGUUAUUCCCACAUGAUUUCCAGCGCUUUUGUCACGCAUGAUGUAUCAUUCCAUUGAAUUUUCGAUCACACCGCCUGUAACCUGCUUCGUCACUAUAAUAUCCAUUACGGUGCAUUCCUUUUUGUUGUGGCUCAAAAUCUGAUUUUGAUUCCGAGGUUGUGAUUUAAUUUUAAGUUUUACGCUCGUAAGUUUUCGUAUAAAAUAUAUAUUGAUUGUCUUGUGUUAAUUGUGAUAAUAACAGUUACGUAUUUAAGCUCUUUUUGUACAGCAGGCACUUUCCACGUAAAAGUAAUUCGCAAUUGUUUUUCUAUGCUCAAAAUUAAAGUCUUUUACUAUAAUCAAAGAACUAAAAAAAGUAUUCACUAAAAACUAGUUACUGUCAAGGAAGCUCAAAUCGAGGCCAUAUUUAGCUGAUCGGUUGCGAGAAAUUGAUGUCUUCAACUACACUGUACCAAACUGAUGUAAAAAUGUGUCAAAUUACACCACCAUUAAAGUAAUAUGUUAAUUGAUGUAAAUAUUGUAAAAGAAACGCUGAUCUAGAGAAGGAAGAAACCGCCGAUGGUGAAAAUGCCAAGAGAGAUAUGGGUACAAGGAAAGUGUGCAUAUCUCCGGCGUUUAAUUGCUUAAUGAGGGAAAACUUCACCACCAUAUCAAAAGUUCGUGGAUGGUUAAAAGAGAGAAUACUAUUCUACACACCUAAAUUAUAAAAAAAUGCUAUGAUUGUUGGAGAUAGUAUGGCUGUGCUGGUAUAAGAAAAUCAACCACAUUUUUGAUUACCCACUGUUCAUUGUGAUCUUGAGUUUAAAACCCGCCAAUGUACAUUAAUUUCUUUGUUUAUGUGCGAUUGUGGAAUCGUGAAAAGGAAAGGCGCAUACAAUACUACACAUAAUUAUAUUAAAUUGCUUCGAUGUAAAAUUUCCAGAUCACACGUAUUAAAAUAGAUGAUGAUUGCUGACAUCAGAUAGUAAUUAUUAUUGUUAUUUCGUUGUAGCGCUUGAAUGAAAUAAAACGCAAUAAUUUAUAAAAAAA